AAAAAGCCUUCGUUCUAGGUUCAACACACCAGAAAAUAAACUCUGGAACUGACGCAUGUAGAUGAAGGAGCGGGAAGCUUCAUUCUCCCAUUAAAAGAAAGACCUCAACCUUGUGCAUCAUGCAUAUGACAUUUAAACUUUUCCUCGCUGUUAAAUUUCCUCCUGUUCAAACCAAGAGAACAUUUCUUCUCACGUUUUCCGUUGAAACACGAGGAAAAGUAAAGAUAUGUGUAUCUGAAAAGAAGGGUCUCAUCAUGGUGGAUCUGGUGGAGGAUGAUGGAUGGUGUUUGGGAUAAAUGUUUGAAGGAUUUAUUAAUUAGCUGGAUCAGUGGCUCCAUUAGUCGAAGUCGUCUCUGGCCUUUUCUUUAAUGGAGGACGUAAACAACCAGAAGCUUGUGGUUAAGUCACAACCGCCUGUUGAAUCCUGUGGAGUUUAUAUAACUUAAUACUAACUCUUCUCCAGCCGUCCACGCUGCACGUCCUGUCCUUUUUCCAUGAAGGAGGUCAAAGGUGUGGCGAUGCGUUCAGGGGGGGCUCGGACCGCUGGGACAGGAUGGGCGUCGCUGGCUGAACCUCGAGUCCUCUUUGACCUGUGACCUCAGGAAAUGAAUUCAUUAGAAUGAAUAAAGAUUAUUAUUUAGUCUUUGUACUCAUCCUGAAAUCUUGAGUUCAAGGUCUACCUCAGCCGUCCUCAGAUGAAAGUUUGUCUUUAAAGAAAAAAAAGAAAGAAUGAGGGAAGAGGAGGAGAAAAUCCAGAAAACCAAAACAAACUCAAAAAACCUUCAGCUGAGACGUCAUGGAAGAGCUGAGCCGAACGAGGCUCGUACAAAAGGAAAGUCUGUGCUGAGGCUCAUGAAGCCCCUCCCUCCCUCCCUCUGUUCUCCCCCAACAGAUGAGCGGGUGUGAGGAGAAAGGGCGAGCCACAUAGACAAACACAGGGGGAGAGAGAGAGGGCGAGCAGCUGGAAGCGACAGAGCGUCAGUGGUGAAGAGAACGAGGAGGACGAAGCAUGAAGGAGCUGCUGAGGAGCUGAAAACACGCCGGUUGUGAUGGGAAAUACAGACAGUCAGAGCAGUGUCGUCGCUCCUGCCAAGCCUUCCUGCUCACUCAGGUUUUCCUCCAGGAGGGAGGAGGUGCAGUCGGCUCACAGCUGGUGGAGGAGCAGCCAGGGAAAUUGCAGGAGCCGGGAGAGGAGCUACGUGAACCAGCCCUACACCUCCUGGCAUUAUGAGCCGGCGCCCAAAGCUGCCAGAGGAGACGCUGGGAAGCUGAGGGCCGGGUCUUCGGCUCAGGGGGGGCUCAGGGGUCAGUUUGGAUUUGUGGGGGGAGGGAGUGGGAGCGAUGGGAGUAACGGGAGUGAUGGGAGUAACGGCAUCUGUGGCGAGCGGAUGUCUCUGAAGAGUGGCGGCAGCCCUAAGGUGCUGCUCAGUAAGGACGGGAGCAUGCGGGUGGAGUUCAGCAACGCCCGGGUGGCCCCCGUGGAGCCGCAGGGGUCAACGGGCCUCGCCGCCACCGCCAUCGCCACCGGCCCCACCGCCAGCGCCACCGCAGGAGCAGAGGCGACGCUCCGCACCAGCAAAGGCAGCUCUCUGAGCUCAGAAGGCUCCUGGUACGACUCACCGUGGGGAGGCGAGUUGAGCGACAGUGUGUUCGUCUGUGGGCAGGGAGAGGAUAACGCCGUCAGAUACACCAGCUACUCCUCCUCCAACACCAAGGAGAAACACAGCAGCAGUGGCUACGGCGCCUUUUUUUCAGCACAGGUGGAGGAUAUCUCAGCCGGAUUUACCUCAAACCUCCUCUUCCCCACCUCCACUGAAGGAUGCAACACCUGCUGCUCCAGUCGAACGGAGGACAGCGGCAUCGGAGACUCGGUGAUCCUGCAGUCCGACCUGAGAGACUUCAGUCUGGUGCCUCCUACCAGCGUUUACAGCAGCCACAACACGCUGGCCGCCUUCCCCAUCACGCCCGACACCUCCCUGCAGCAGCAGCAGCUGAGGAACGCCUCCUCCUCCUCCUCAGCGCUGCUGGACGAUGUUAUCCAGGAGGAGGAGGGUUUGGUUGGAGGCGUGGAGCAGCGUUACUCCUCCUGCACGCUGCCCUGCCGCAAGGCCGAGAACGCGACCACCGCUGGAAACAACCGAAAGGACUUCCUGAAGAGCCGAAUCAGACGACUGAGUGACUGGACAGGAAGUCUGAGCAGGAAGAAGAGGAGGAUCCAGGAGCCGAACGUCAGUAACAGCACCGAUCUGUCCAUCAAUGGGCUGAACUUGGGGCCGGCCGGCAGCAGCUCACUGUGGUCCUUCAACCCUCUUCACUCCCUGAACCAGAACCCCAUCCCUACAGUCCACUGUGGCUCCUCGAGGAGCCUGAACCAGAACCAGAGCAGCGACGCUCAGCGGCAGAACGUCUACGAGAACUUCAUGCAGGAGCUGGAGACGGGCUGCAGCAGUGCGGCCGACCAGACCGAGCCAUCGGAGGGGGAUGAGGGGGAGGAAGGUGAGGGCAUGGACGGGGAGGAGGAGGCAGGAGCAGGGGAGCAUCUGGACGACCUGUUUGAGAAGGAGCAGGGCAUUGUGCGACGGGCCGGGUGGCUCUCCUUUAAACCUCUCAUCACCGUCAACAAGGACAGGAAACUGGAGCUUGUCGCCCGACGCAAGUGGAGGCACUACUGGGUCACACUGAAAGGUUGCUCUCUCCUGUUUUACGAGACGUACGGGAGGAGCGGCGCUGAACACGACCGCUCUCCUCGUUACGCUCUGUUUGCAGACGACAGCAUCGUCCAGGCCGUGCCCGAACAUCCCAGGAAGGAACACGUCUUCUGUCUCAGCAACUCACACGGAGACGUCUACCUGUUCCAGGCCACCAACCAGACCGACCUGGAGAACUGGGUGACGGCGAUCCACUCCGCCAGCGCCUCCCUGCUGGCCAAGCGCCAGGGGAAGGAGGACACCCUGCGCCUCCUGCGCUGCCAGAGCCGCUCGCUGCUGCACAAGAUCGACAUGGACGGGAAGAUGAAGAAGAUGGCGGAGCUGCAGCUGUCCGUCAUCAGGGAGCAGAAGAACAGGAAGGCGGUGGAGAGCCAGAUCCUGCAGUGGGAGCAGAACCUGGAGAAACUGAACCUGGAUCUGUUCAGACUCAGGUGUUACCUGUCCAGCCUGCAGGGCAGCGAGCUCCCAAACCCGAAGAGCCUCCUGGCCGUGGUCAGCCGGCCCUCCAAGAGCACGCUGGGACGCCUGGGAGUCUUCUCGGUGUCCUCCUUCCACGCUCUGGUGUGCAGCCGGGAUGAGAUGACGCUGCGGCGUCGCACUCGGUCUCUGUCAGGAGGAAACAGCAGAAGAAGAGGUCUGCCGUCCUCUCUGAAGGCUCUGGACAGACGCAGCAGAGACGCCAAACACCCGCCGGUCCAGACUCUAGACUGUGAAUCCACGCAGAAGGAGGUGGCGCCCCCUGGAGGCCGAGCUGCAGCUCUGCAGCCGUGUGACGAGCAGCAGAUUCCAGCUCGCGGAGUUUUCACCCUGAACAUGUGUCGAGUCGAUGCAGAGACAGAGUUGGGUUUCGCAGUCACAGGUCACCUGGACGGAGCAGGAAGGAGCCACAUCUUUGUCAGCGAGGUGGAUCCUCUGGGACUGUCGGCCAGAGACGGCCUCAGGGCCGGAGACGAGGUCCUGGCUGUGAACGGGGACGCUGUGUCUGGACUGGACCUGGACCUCAUCCAGAGUCUGUUCAGUCACCAGAGGCUGCAGCUGCUGCUGAGGAGGGACGAGACUCCGGCGCCGGAGGAGCCCGAUGCUGUCUGGCCCUGUCCCAACGAGCCUGAGGACCCCAGGGAAGUCCUCACCUGGACCACAGGUUCUUCGCUCGUCCCUGAUCCAGCCGUCGUCCUGCUUCCUGUUUCUGAAGACAUGUCUCCGAGGCCGUCUGAGGACAAGGAGCCGGCUGAGCAGAACAUGGACCAGGUCUACUCGCUGUAUCGGACCUUCCCAGAAGGCCAAGCGGCCAACAUUCCCAAGAACCCGUACGGCAGAGAGGCCGGCCUGCAACCGGCGAGCCCCGCCCACCUGAGCGCGUGUCAGCGCCUACGUAAAGUCAUCCAGGAGCUGGUCGACACCGAGAAGUCCUACGUCAAGGAUCUGGUCUGUCUGUUUGAAAUCUACCUGACGCCGCUGCAGAGGGAGACCUUCCUCAGUAAAGACGAGAUGGAGGCGCUGUUUGGCAGUCUUCCUGAGAUGUUGGAUUUCCAGAGAGUUUUCCUCCAAACGUUGGAGGAGAGGAUCGCUGCCUGUCCCAACUUCAGCAGCCUGGAAACACCUGAACAGUUCAAGAAGCUCCUGUUCUCGUUGGGUGGAUCCUUUCUUUACUACGCCGACCACUUCAAGCUCUACAGCGGCUUCUGUGCCAACCACAUCAAAGUCCAGAAGGUUCUGGAGAGAGCGAAAACUGACGGCGCCUUCAAGCACUUCCUGGAAGCCAGGAACCCGACCAAUCAGCACUCAUCGUCUCUGGAGUCCUACCUGAUCAAACCUGUUCAGAGGGUCCUGAAGUAUCCACUGCUGCUCCGAGAGCUGGUGUCCAUGACCGACCCCGAGAGCCCCGAGCACACACACCUGACAGAGGCGCUGCGAGCUAUGGAGAAGGUGGCGAGUCACAUCAACGAGAUGCAGAAGAUCUACGAGGACUACGGCUGCGUGUUCGAUCAGCUGACUGCAGAGCAGAGCGCUGACAGGCGGCAGGUGAGGGAGAUCUCGAUGGGGGAGUUCCUGGUGCACUCGGCGGUGGUGUGGCUGAACCCUCUGCCCUGUCUGGGUCGUCUGAGGAAGGACCCGGAGCUCACGCUGUUCGUCUUCAAACAGGCCGUCAUCCUGGUUUACAGGGAGAGCUGCAAGCUGAAGAAGAGGACGACCGGCUCCCGCUCAGCUGAUCUGGACCCCUUCAGGUUCCGCUGGUUAAUCCCAGUUUCAGCCGUCCAGGUCAGACCGGCCAACGUCACAGGCUCCGAGGACCCGUGUGUCUGGGAGCUGGUUCACAGCCGCUCGGAGGUGGAGGGUCGACCGGAGACGGUGUUCCAGCUGUGCAGCAGUGGCCUGGAGACGAAGGCCAGCGUUCUGCGAGCUCUACGGUCCCUCAUCAGAGACCGGGCCCCCGCCGGCUCCCUGAGGAGGACCAGGCCGUCCACAGCCGAGCGGAGCAGCUCCUGGAGGAGGAGGCAGCAGCGCUGUGGCCCUGACGCCCAGAGGACGCCUCCUCGUUGGCCUGAGGAGGCCCAGAGACCUGACAGCCUCCUGGGGGAUACCUGCUCCGAGCCCCUGCUGCCCAGCCACCGGCACAGCGCCGCCACCGCCUCCGCGGGGAAGAGGACCAGACUCUGCUCGCUGACCGGCGAGCUGGAGGCCCAGCUACAGAGGCUGAACUUCGCCGAGGAGGAGGCCGAGCGAGGAGAGGAGAGCAGAUGGAGCUCUGCAGGAGAUGUGCUGGAGCUGGGCAGCCUGCUGGAGAGAGACUUCAGCGUUCAGAGCAUGACCUCCAUGGUCAACGAGGACUGUUUCUACGACGCCGUGCUGGGGAUGCAGAAGGCCACCGUGCCCACGCUACAGGGCUAAAGCUAACGAGCUAACAUCUCAUUAAAUAACAUAACAACUCCUCCAAGUCAAACGAACAAAAGACAUAAGACGAAGAUAAAAGAAGUUUUUCUCAUCUGCACCAGUGGCCUUCUGUCCUUCUGCCUUUAGUCACUCAUGUUCCUCAAAUCACAACUGUCUUUAAAAUUACUGCUUUAGUCUUGAAACGUUAAAGUUGCAUCAAUCUGAUGUUUGUCCGUUAAACUCAUUCUGAAGUAUUGUGAAAUAUCGACACCCAUGAAACAAUUCUCAGCAUUUUUAAGUAAAUAAAUGCAGUUUACAUGUUUGACUUCCAAAAGAGCAAUGACAGUUUAACUCAAUGUGUCUUUAUGUUUCCUUCAGUCGCCCAAAUAAAACGGAUGAAACAUGUCAGAGAAACACUACGACAAAAGAGCAAAGUCAUAAACAAAGAGAGAGAAUCGUUUUCUCUCAGACAAACCUCGGAAACUUUUCCAGGAACCGUGGAAAGUUUCCUAGAGUUUUCCUAUCGGAUCAAACGAAGCUGAACGAUUAGACUCUUUGGUGGAAAUGAUCUAACAUGUCGUCUUUUUAUGUAGCAGAUUAACUGAACAGAACUCGUGUUGUGGGUGUUUGUUCGCUGCCUGAACUUGUGGAUAUUUUUUAAACUCUGCAGUUGUAAAUAUUCUUCUAUGUACAGUCGUUUUCUCUGUGCAGCAGAUUAUUGUUCUUGACAAAGGUGGUUCCAGGUGAAACCCUGGAGCUGCUGGAUGCUUAUGUUCAUAUUUAUAUUUCAGUUUUGUGACCGAAGCCCUAGAAGGACGACAGUGUUUCACUUCAAUGGAACUUUGCAGGUUAUUUUUUAUUAACUGUUAAAGUAUUUGGUAAUUUAUUUUCUUAAGACGUGUGUAGAUGGUUUUUAUGACCAGUGAAUUGCAAAGUAUUUAAUUAAAGGAUUUUUGAUCUUAA